AUUCGAUCUGCGCUUUUUCUCUUGCCCUCCCCACUCGCAAAGCGGCUCCCUGGUUCCUGCGACAUGCCCAUCCCCCAUAAAACCCCCGUCCGCCGCGGCAUCGCCGGGUUCUUGUCCUUCUACUUCGACAGCAGCUCGCCCUCAGCCAUGUCCCCGUCGUUGUUUGGCAGCCAGCAGCAGUUUCUCCCGCUCAAGUCGAGCGUCGACGACAAAGACGACCAGGUCGUAUUCCUCGAGGCAGACGACGAUCGCAGCGACAAGCCCGAGUUUGGCCAUGAGCACUACUCCCAGCGUGGUCCGUGGCUCCGGGCGGCUCUCUUGGGCGCCAACGACGGCCUCAUCUCGACAGCCUCCCUUAUCAUGGGCGCUGCCGGAGCCGAUAGCACACGCAACGUCAUCUUGCUGACCGGCCUGGCUGGUCUCGUUGCCGGCGCCCUCUCGAUGGCAUGUGGCGAGUUUGUGUCGAUUGCGGGUCAACGCGACGCUGAAGUAGCCGAUAUGCGACGAGAGAAGGCCGAAUUCCUCAAGGGCGAAGAGUAUGCCCAACGGGAGCUUGAGGAGCUUGCAGGAAUCUACGAAGCACGAGGCUUGUCCUCGCGGCUGGCCAUGGAGGUCGCCAAGGAGCUCCACGAGAAGAACGACCUCGAUGGAAUCGUCAAAAUCCACAUGCGAGACGAGCUCGCCAUCGACACCGACGAUCUGUCCAACCCCUGGCUGGCGGCGAUUGUCUCGGCGCUUUCCUUCUCGAUGGGUGCUCUGCUACCGCUCCUUGGCGCCUUGAUUGCACAAGACCCCAAGACCCGAAUCGUCUAUGUCGUCGCCAUUGCCACCAUCAGCCUCGGCGCGUUCGGCAUGAUUGGUGCCAAGGUUGGCGGUGCCCCGCAGCUUCCCGCUGCCAUCCGAGUUAUGAUCGGUGGUUUGAUUGCAAUGAUCGGCACCUAUGGUAUCGGUGUGGUCUUCACCACCGUCAACGGCAACGAUGUCGCAGCUUCAUAACGACGACCCGUCCGACGGCUCGACGCCACAUAGCCCCUAAUCAGCCUGCCCUGUAGCCAUCCCUCUCCUCCCCAUCCAUUCUCCCACCACUGUGCCUUCUCCCUUGCCCUUCGCCUCUGGCCACACAUACGAUCCGCUUGCCCGAGGCUCGAGCUCUGUCGCCGCCCCGCCCGCUCGAUGAUUCCCCCACCCCCACUCGCCCCAUAGAUGGCAUCAACCACCAAGUGUGUGCCGCCAGAUCGUCGCUUGCUUGUCUUGCCUGCAUUACCAGUCUGUCUCUCCUGCUUUGGCGUCCAAACAAGUCUGCCCUCAAGCCUCGUGUCUGUUGUCUUUGUCUGCCAUGUUGCGGAUUUGCACUUCCUGGCCCCCCCCCCAUGUGCCCAUAGUUCAAAUUUUUGAUUUUGAUACAGCAUUUUGCAAUAUAGCCCCAUUUACGAAAGCCAA